CAUUGAAAAAACAGCUGUGGUGAUAACAUAGAACUGUUAGAAUGCUUUUAACCUGUUGACCAGACGAAUAUUUUGAUUUAUUUCGUUUCAAUGCCACAUAUCUCUGCCCCGCCGCCACCACCACCACUACCGUCAGGUAUUAAGGCUGCUGCACCUGUGGCAGGAUCAAGGACCAAGGAUCCCCCGGCUGUGAUUAAUAUAUCAGGGGACGAAUGUGGCUGGGCCUGGGAAUAUCCAGAGCUCCACCUUGGUUGCUACCUCAACCGUGUGUGCCAAUAUACUCCACCAAAGCGGUGCCAGUACUAUUCCGUGCCCAGUAUACUGCAAGUGGGACCCACAUGCGGCUUGACUGCCUUGAGUAUGCUGCUCAAUGGAAACCCCACCGCAGCAGAAAUUCUACAAAAUGCCAUUGCGCAGGAGUACACUAUCAAUGGUGAAAUGUUCAGUGCCCAAUAUUUAUACGAACUUACGCGCAAGCAUCUCCACGGACACGGACAUGGUGCGUGUCAACUGCACGAGGGUCGCCUCGAGUGCGACAAAGUCAAAGAGCUCCUGCGAGCUGGUGGCUGCUUGCUUGUGCCUUACGAUGCUGAUGUCAACCAUGCGCCUUGCUUAAAGUCCGGACACCGUGCCCAUUGGGCACUAAUUGUGGGCUACCUAGCGGAUGCCCACGACAAGUUUUACGUAUUGGCACGUCACGGAAAGACUCGUAAUUUGGCAGUCUGGCCCCUGGACGACCUCAGCGAGAGCAACGCCAAUCUGCGCGAGUUUGCCCAGCCCAAGGGCUACCCGGAUCUCGCCUUCCUUCAGCCACCAGGAGGCCUGGGAGGCUCCCUGGGCCUCAGGGAGCGCGCCAUCCUCAUCAACGGUCUGCCACAACAGAUUCUACAUGUCCGAUGAUAUUUGACCAUUUUACACCAUUUAAAUAAAGACUCGAGUUCGUUUCGGAUUUAACUUUAAUACAUAUAUUU